GAGGACCAGCAACCCCCUGGCCGCCCAGUUCAAGAACCUGGAUCUCACGUCCCGGCGCAUGAUCCACGAGGGGCCCCUCACGUGGCGCGUGGGCAAGGACAAGACUGUGGACCUGCACGUGCUGCUCCUGGAGGACCUGCUGGUGCUGCUGCAGAAGCAGGACGAGAAGCUGGUGCUCAAGUGCCACAGCAAGACGGCGCUGGGCUCCUCCGACAACAAACAGACCUUCAGCCCCGUCCUCAAGCUCAACUCGGUGCUCAUCCGAUCCGUGGCCACGGGUAGGGAUGGGGGAAUCCUGGGAUUGAGGGAUGGGGAAUCCUGGGAUUGA